UUCUCUAUAUCGUAGGAUGUUUGUAUCCAGGGCAGUGAUGCCACUUCUUACUACAUGAGAAAGACCAUGAUGACAUUGCAGGACUGCUGCCUGCUCUGUUCCUAAAAUGACAGAAUCUGCCAGAACAUUCCGGUUUCCAGCCUGUCAUGCUUCCAAAGGUUCAUACUACAAGAGAGACAAUUCUGGACACAACUAAGAAGAAAUUUAGGGAGGACUUCCCUAAUAUCAGCAGAAGAGCUCUGAACUGAUUGAGAGAUACAAACCAUGCGUUCCAGAAGUAACACCACAGAAAGCCCAACCAGACCAAAGCUGAGCCAGCAAAGGCCAAAAGAUCACUAUAAAGAAGAGGUUGGUUACAAUGGGAGAGAAAAUGUGCAAAGAAGGCAGAAGGAAGAUGAUAUAGCCCAAGCCAGUGCCAUCCUAAGAAGCCCUAAGGGAGAGAAGAAACAAAGAAGUCCUUUCAAGGAAAGAGAGGAUCUCUCUCGUGAUGACUUGCUAUUUCUUCUUAGUGUCCUCGAGGGUGAAUUACAGGCUCAAGAUGAAGUUAUAGGAGUACUUAAGGCUGAAAAAAUUGACUUGGCUUUGCUUGAAGCACAAUACGGCUUCGUUACUCCAAAGAAGGUGUUAGAAGCCCUCCAGAGAGAUGCUAUUCAAACAAAGGCUGACCAAUGGCAAGAAGAUAUCUAUGAAAAGCCUAUGGGAGAGCUUGAUAAAGUUGUGGAGAAACAGAAAGAAACUCACAAACGAAUGCUGGAACAACUUCUCAUGGUAGAAAAAUCACACAGACAGGCACUGUAUGAACUAGAGGAAGAAAAGAGGAAGCACAGCAAAUACAUGGAAAAAAGUGAUGAGUUCACGAACUUACUGGAACAAGAAUGUAAAAGAUUGAAAAAGCUUCUUGAACAAGAAACAGCGUAUCAGGCAAAAAGAGAGAAGGAAGACAAGAAGAAAAUAGCUAAACUGAAAGAAGAACUUACUAAAUUGAAAUCCUUUACUUUAAUGGUGGUGAAUGAACAGCAAAGACUCACUGAGCAGUUGAAUCAACAAAGCCAAAAAAUUCAAGAAUUAACCACUUCUGCAGAAGAAGCACAUGAGAAGCUGUCAUUUGCUGAAGCAAAAGUUCAAGAAGAAGAACAAAGAGCCAGUAGGCUGAAGGCUGAACUUCAAGCCCAAGGUAGUAAGAUUUCCCAAGACCAAGAAGCAAUGAUGGCCAAACUAACCAAUGAAGACAGUCAGAAUCGUCAGCUGCGGUUAAAACUAACUGCUCUCAGCCAACAAAUUGAUGAUCUGGAAGAGACCAAUAAAUCUUUACGAAAAGCAGAAGAAGAACUGCAAGACCUAAGGGAUAAGAUAAAUAAGGGGGAGUAUGGGAACUCCAUGCUUAUGACUGAAAUAGAAGAACUAUGGAAACGACUGCUGGAGAUGGAAGGAAAAGAUGAAGAGCUCAUAAAAAUGGAAGAUCUGUGCAGAGAACUCAAUAGAAAGUUAGAAAAAGAAGCAUCACAGAGCAAGAACCUUAAAGGGGAAGUUGACAAACUUAAUAAAAGAAUUAUGGAGCUGGAGAAAUUAGAAGAUGCUUUCAACAAGAAUAAACAGGAAUGUUACUCCCUGAAAUGCAACCUAGAGAGAGAAAAGAUGUUAACAAAGCAGCUGUCCCAUGAGCUGGAUGGCUUAAAAGCUAGAGUUGGUGAGCUUGAAGCAAUUGAAAGUAAGUUAGAAAAAACGGAGUUUACACUUAAAGAAGAUUUAACAAAGCUGAAGAGUCUAACAGUGAUGCUUGUGGAUGAAAGAAGAACUAUGGGUGAAAAAAUAAAGCAAACAGAAGAAAAGCUGCAAGCCACAACUUCUCAGCUUCAGGUGGAACAAAAUAAAGUGAUGUCAGUUACAGAAAAACUAAUUGAGGAAAGUAAAAAAGCACUGAAAUCAAAAUCUGAUGCAGAGGAAAAAGUGUCCAGUGUUAUAAAAGAAAGAGAUGAACUGAAAAAUAAACUGAAAGCUGAAGAGGAGAAAGGAAGUGAUCUUGUUUCUAAAGUGAAUAUUCUAAGAAAAAGACUUCAGUCAUUUGAAGGUGUUGAAAAAGAACUUAAAAAUAAACACAAGGAGAGUACCAAAUCCAGCACCUCCUUGCAGCAGGAAAACAACAAAAUCAAAGAGCUUUCUCAAGAAGUUGAGAGGCUUAAGCAAAAGCUUCAAGAAAUGAAGGCCAUAGAAGAUGAUCUUAUGAAAACUGAAGAUGAAUUUGAAUCUCUUGAACGAAGAUACGUCAACGAACGGGACAGAGCCAAGCUCCUAUCAGAAGAGUUGGAGGCUGUGAAAAUGGAAAUGGCUAGAUAUAAAUUAACAGAAAAGGCAGAGUGCAAUCAAGAGCAGCACCUUUUUAAGAAGCUCAAAGAGGAGGAAGCUAAAUCAAGUCAUCUUUCCAGAGAAGUAGAUGCACUGAAAGAAAAAAUACAUGAAUAUAUGGCAACAGAAGACCUAAUCUGUCACCUCCAAGGUGAUCAUACAGUCUUACAGAAGAAACUCCUCCAGCAAGAAAGCAAGAACAGGGAGUUAGCAAGAGAAACUGAAAGCCUCACAGAAGAAUUGGAGAGGUACAGACGCUUCAGCAACAACUUCAGGCCCAGUCUCAAUGGAAGGAGAAUUUCAGACUUGCAACUUUUUUCUAAGGAAGUUCAGACAGAUCCAGCACACAAUGAACCACCUGAUUACAAAACCCUCAUGCCUUUAGAGAGAACAGUCAUAAAUGGGCAGCUGCAAGAAGAUGACAAUAAUGAGGAUAAAGACAACAAUGAGGAAGAACAAACAGUGUCUUUCAAAAGCAACUCAUCCAUUGCAAAUGCCGUGAAUAAAAAAUUAUGGAUACCUUGGAUGAAGCCCAAAGAGAGUCAUCCUCAAAAUGGAAAGAUUCAUACAAAACAAAAUGGAAACUGUGCACAGUCUGGAGACCUAGUGCUAAGCCAUACACCAGGCCAACCUCUUCAUAUAAAGGUAACUCCAGAUCAUGGACAGAACACAGCAACACUUGAAAUAACUAGUCCUACUACUGAAAGUCCUCACUCCUACACAAGCACAGCAGUUAUACCCAACUGUGGCACUCCAAAGAAAAGAAUAACCAUUAUUCAAAACGCCUCCUUAACACCUGUAAAAUCAAAAGCAGCAGAAGAUUACAUGAACCCAGAGCAAGUAAUUUCUCCUAUUACUAUGGCUACUUUUGCAACAUCUCAAACUCCUGAAUCAUGUGGUUCUUUAACUCCUGAAAGAACAAUGUCUCCUUUGGCUUUACCAAGUUUAAGUUCUCAGGAACAAAUACUCUCCUCGGAGCCUUUGGAAAUGGGAGCCAAGCACACCAUUCUUAGAGUAUCCCCAGACAGGCAGUCAUCAUGGCAGUUUCAGAGAUCUAACAGUACAGGAUCAAGUGUAAUAACUACUGAGGAUAACAAAAUCCACAUCCAUUUAGGAAGUCCUUACAUCCAAGCUCUCACCAAUUCCAAGCCUAUCAGCCCUUGUGAUCCAGUGCAAGACAACAGAACUCCAGCACUAGCUAAUGGCCUACCCAAUAAGUCCACCAAUAAAAUCACCAGCAGUAUUACUAUCACACCAACAGCCACUCCUCUCCCACGGCAAUCACAAAUUACAAUUACUGAUGCGUUCUGCCAUUCAGCUCCAACUCGGAUCCCCAAACCAAAGCCUACAAGCACAACCAAAGUACCUGUCAGAAUUCCUGUUGGACAUCUCAGCAGACCACUCCAAGACAGCAGCUCUGGAAAGCUACGCAUUGUAAGAACUGUGUCUAAAACAUGCCUUCAAAGCAGAGGGAGAAGAGUGCAUUCCAACAGUCUAAAUGGCUCAACUGACAAUUUGUGGGAAAACUCCUUUCACAUAGGUCUUUAAGAACUGUCAAAUCCUAAUUCCUAAAUAAAGCAAAAGUUUGUGGUGAUCACAGUGCCAUAGCCAGAACUGUGACCCUUUUGCUGAAGCAAGGAGAGAUUUUGAUACAUUCAGUUAUCCGAUUUUUCCUUUUUAUUUCACAGCUAAAAGUUUAAUUUAACUACUGAGACAGUACAACACGUUAGCACUGCUGCAUGACUAGUUUUGCAAACCACAACAGAAAACUAGGCUUCCCUCAACAACUCCACAAGAAAGUCUCCAGGAGUACUGAAAUAAGGAAAAGUUUAAAAAGAACAGUCUACUGAAAAGUAUUUCAGCUUGUGUCCUUUGACACAAGACACACUUAUGUCAAAAUGCAGAAAUUAA